AUGUUACUGAAUCUACGAGAUACAGAUGUAUUCUCCAAGUCGGAUCCAAUUUGCAUUGUGUACCACCAGCCAUUUGGGUCAAGGGAAUGGGCCGAGCUGAAGCGGACAGAAUGCAUCGACAACACGCUCAAUCCAGACUUCGCCACCAAGAUCCCCCUCACGUACCAUUUCGAGGAGCAGCAGCACCUCAAGUUCCGUCUUUUUGACAUCGACUCCGGCUCCUCCAGCCUAGAGGACCAUGACUUCCUUGGGGAGUUUGAGUGCACCCUGGGGUUCCUGGUGUCCUCACAGAAGGUGGAGAAGCCCCUCAGAAAUGACCAGUAUACCAGUAGCAACAAUGGAUCCAUUAUCAUCGUGACAGAGGAAGUCAGCUCUUGCAAGGAGGAGCUGCAUCUGCAACUGAUGGCGAAAAACCUGGAGAACCGCAGCUGGUUUUGCGCUCUCGACCCUUUCCUGGAGCUCUACAAGGCAAACGAGGAUGGGUCGUACACUCUGGUCCACCGCACGGAGACAGUCAGGAGCACCAAGCAUCCCACGUGGAAGGAGAUUUCCAUUCCGCUGAGCACCCUCUGCAGCGGAGAUUAUGACCGCAACAUCCAAGUAAUGUGUAAGAAUUUCAAGUCGUCAGGCAGCCACAAGCUCAUUGGCACAUUUUACACUACAGUUCGUAAGCUCAAGGAAGGACCAGUGGAAAGUAACACCUACAUGCUCACCCACGAAGAGAGACAGAGACAGAAGGGGAGCAACUACAAAGGCUCUGGAACAGUUUAUGUCAACAAAGCAUUCAUUCGAGAAGUGUUCUCCUUCAUCGACUUCAUCAAGGGCGGCAUGGAAAUCAACGCUUUCAUUGGCAUCGACUUUACAGCGUCGAAUGGCAACCCCCAGUCGCCACAGUCCCUCCACUUCAUCAACCCCACAAAUCCCAAUCAGUAUGUUAGGGCCAUCCAGUCUGUGGGCGAAAUCAUUGAGGACUAUGACACGGACAAAUAUUUCCCUGUCCUGGGAUUCGGUGCCCGGAUGCCCCCCGCGUUUGACCAGGUGUCUCAUGAGUUCUUCGUGAAUGGGGAUGCAUCAAAUCCCUUCUGUUACAGAGUCGGAGGAGUAAUUGAGGCUUACUACGGGUGCCUGAAUCGGGUUCAGUUGUAUGGCCCCACGAAUUUUGCCCCCAUCGUCAACCAUGUGGCCAGGUUUGCUUCAGCGAAUAAAGCCGGAGACAAGUACUUCAUUCUUUUGAUCCUGACGGACGGCAUCAUCACUGACAUGCCGCAGACAAAGGAGGCAAUUGUAAAUGCAUCAACCCUUCCCCUGUCCAUCAUCAUUGUGGGCGUGGGUGGUGCUCAAUUUGACUCCAUGGAGGAGUUGGACGGAGACGUGGUCCGCCUCUCCAGCAACGGUCGGUAUGCUGCGCGCGACAUUGUUCAGUUUGUGCCCUUUAGGGACUUCCUCAAAGGGAACUGGGAUCCACACAUUUCUAGGUUGAUGCUGGCUAGGGAGGUGCUGGCAGAAGUCCCAGGCCAGGUGCUGUCAUACAUGAAGGCGAAUAACAUUCGGCCGCAGCCUCCCAAAGUGGAAGUGUCUGCACCACUCCCUGACAUUAUUUAAGUGGCAUGCUCGAUUGGGAGCUGGGAAUGCCACCAAAGGCACCGGCUCCAAGUUCACAGAGGAAUGGAUAUUUUUAGGAAACGUAUCUUCCUUAUUUUCCUUUCUUUCUUUCUUUAAUUAACAUGAAAAAAUGUUUUAUAUGCAAGAACUUAGGCUUAGUCAUGGUGCGUGUACAGUUAUUUGUAGUAAAGAUAUUUACAAAAAUGUUAGCCGUAAAUAACUAAUCACUGUUUUUGUCCCAUAACAAUGAUUUUUAUGUCACAUAUACUCUCCUUGCAAUUAAAAUGCAUAAUUUCUUGUACAUUCAUCAGUCAUGUAAUAUGAUUUUUUUCAUAUAUAUCCACAUCAGUUUUCUCUCUCUCUAUCCCUCCCUCCCUCUCCCUCCCUCUCCCUCCCUCUCCCUCUCCCUCUCCCUCUCUCUGUAGUAUAGUGUCCAGAUGCACUUUCUCUUGGAGAACAGUGACAUCCUAUCCGUAUUUCAUUUGAGAGAAUGACUACUUUGCAGCUUUACCCAUCUUCCCUAUGCCUGGGCAGAGCAAGACAAUGGGUGCAGCAUUUUGAUUGGUGUGAUAUACUGACAUUUGAUAGACAACUGUUGACUUGCAGUUUUCUAGUUUGCUCUUUUGUACCCCCUCUCAACUCCACAGAAAUGUCAAAACCAUGUACAUCUUGUGCUAAUGUAGUAAGUGCAAGAGAAUGCUUUUGCAUAGGCCUUCAAGGAUGAACAAUUGUCCUUGAACUGCUGCAAUGUGCACUUAAUUGCUGUGGUUUCACAUCUUUGAAGACAUAGGUAGAGGCAUUCUCUUACUCUUUCUCUGUUCUCAAAUUCAUGUAGUUUGAUAUCACCAGGGAAGGGGAGGGGAGCACACAGCAUGAGCAUAAAAAACAUGCAGUUCCAAAUUUGUUCACAAUCAGCUGAGCCAGUUUUGAUCUGCCUGCAUGAAGGGGAAGUGGAGUUAGUUGCUAACAACUCCCCUUUUCUCAGUCUUUUCUGUGAGACAGAUUGGGGUGUCAUUUUGUACCAUGAGAGUGUACCCAUUCUCUCUGUCAGAUAGGUAGUGUAUACAUACAUUAUAUAACAAAGGCUUGCAAAAGUGAACCUUCAACAACACACCAUUAGGACUAAAGCCUGAAAUGUUUUAUAGACUUUUUUGUUUUUAGAAUAUUUUUGGACUGUUUCCCGAAUUGUUCUUGAUCUUGACUCCUCGAGCUUCAGCUAAACAAGCUUUUUGUAAUUGCUUGCAUAUAUUCAUAUAUAUUUUAUUGUGGCACUUGUAUUGUUUUGUUAUCAUUUAUGAAUAUAUAUUUAUAUAUUUUUCUUAUGUUAUAGUUUUUUAAAAAUAAUUUUAUUCAGAUAAGGAAAUAUUGAAUAAUAUAUAUUUUAUGGAUUAUGCCAAUUGUUGGACUUGGUACAAGCUGAUUUAAAUAGAAUAUGAAAAUAUCUAUAUCCUUCUAUGUCUUACAAUAGAGAUUUAUAAAUGCAUGCCAUAAGGCUUAAAUCACCAAGCUACAUUUUCAUUUUUGUUUAUAGGCCUAUAAACAUUUCAUACAAAAAUAUGUUGUGAAUGCAAACUCCAUGUUUUGCACUUGUAUAUUUGUUAAAUGUUGUAUAUGUUCACUGUACAUGACUAUGAAUUGUGUAUAUAUAUAUGUUAUU